CAGUGAGCCACCAUACCAGGCUCUGCAUGGCUACCUCUCCAUACCGCUAUUCCUGGUUAUUGGAAGACCUUAGGAUCAGGUUUGUCUUGGGUUAUUGUCUAUGUGCUUGGAAUCUGGGGAGAAGACAGCAUAGCAGAGCUUGAAGAAGCUCCAGGAGAUAAAGUCCCUGAAACAACUCACGUGCUGUAAGAGCUGUGUGCGAAGGCUUUCCUUGUGCCCAGCCUGCUUCUCAGGACAAGAGAGUGGAAAAGAACAGAAGCGAAGCUUGCGAAUGAGAAUCUUCUCACAUGAGAGCCCUGGAUGCUGCGACCAACCCCAGAGUCUCAGCAUCUAAGCAGCUAUUGAUCUCACUGUCCUUGAUCCUAUUGGAGAAGUUACUGGCGCCCCUUAAACUCUGUACUCUCCGCCCCUCCUGUGUGUUUGUAUCAGAAGUACCAUGUACUGUUUGCAGGGUUCAGAUCAUGGAUGGCAAUAAAUGGAAACAAAAUGUCUCCUUGGCAAAGAGGUCCGGAAAUGUCUUUCGUGUGCUUGGCAGACUUUAAGGCACACGCACGUGAGCAGCUGGCGAAGUCAUCGUGGGACUUUAUUGAAGGAGCAGCUGACGAGGGCAUCACAUGCAAGGACAACAUCGCCGCAUUUAGAAGAAUCCGCCUCCGCCCCCGAUACCUGAGAGAUGUGUCAAUGGUGGACACCAGGACCAUAAUCCAAGGGCAGGAGAUCCAGGCUCCCAUCUGCAUCUCUCCCACAGCUUUUCACUCCAUUGCCUGGCCAGAUGGAGAGAGGAGCACAGCCAGAGCUGCUCAGGAAGCCAACAUCUGCUACGUCACCAGCACUUAUGCCAGCUGUCCCCUGGAAGACAUUGUUGCAGCUGCCCCUAGAGGCCUCCGAUGGUUCCAACUCUACGUACAGUCAGAUUGGGAGCUCAACAAACAGCUGAUUCGGAGAGCAGAAGCCCUGGGUUUCAAAGCUUUGGUGAUCACUGUAGAUGUACCAGUAGGCGCCAAAAGGCGACAGGACAUAAGAAACCAACUCAAUUUAGUGGCAAACUUAAUGCGGAUGGACCUCCGAUCACCUGAAGAGAGAAGUUCCACGCUUCCUGCCCCUACAUCUUUGCCAAGUACAUCUUUCUGCUGGAAUGACCUCUCCUCGAUUCAGAGUAUAACUCGAUUGCCCAUUAUCCUUAAGGGGAUUUUAACGAAAGAGGAUGCAGAGUUAGCAGUGAAAUACAACGUCCAAGGCAUCAUUGUUUCCAACCACGGUGGCAGGCAGCUUGACGAGGUUCCUGCUUCAAUCGAUGCCCUGACGGAAGUGGUGGCUGCUGUCAAAGGGAGAGUUGAAGUAUACAUGGAUGGUGGGGUUCGAACCGGCAAUGAUGUGCUGAAGGCGUUGGCCCUUGGGGCUAAGUGCAUUUUUCUCGGAAGACCAAUCCUUUGGGGCCUUACCUACAAGGGUGAACAUGGUGUUCGGGAAGUCUUAAAUAUUUUAAAAGCAGAGUUCCACACUUCCAUGGCCCUUUCAGGCUGCCGGUCAGUCGCCGAGAUCAGUCCAGACCUGAUUCACUUUUCCAGAUUAUAAAGAACUACUGAGUUGCCUACAAGGGGAAGACAAGACCUUGACGUGAUAUGCAAGGCUUUUCUUCUUCGGCCCUAUCCAAUCUAGGAAUUUGAGCCCUGUAUCCUCAAAAAUAUAGAGGAAUGGAGAAAAGAAAACUAACAGCUCUCACCAUAGUGUAUGUGGAUGAAGGAAUAACAUUUAAUGUUCUGUAGGAUACCUACAGUUGACAACAAUUAAUUGACUGUGUAAAAUAGCCAUGUAACAGCAAGAAAGGAGAUAGUUAAGUCUAAUGUGACAUACCAAUUAUCUUCAUCUGAUUAUUAUGUACAUUAUACAUUAUUAAAAUGCUAUGUUGUACCAUAA